AUGAGACUCGCACCUUUGUUGUGUCUUUUCAGUUUUAUUUGGUUGGCUGACUGUGCACCACCGACAUGCUAUUCCCGAGUGCUCGGCUUGAGCAAGGAAAUAAUGGAACUUUUGGAAAAAGUACACAAUUAUCAUCGCACGGUGAGCUAUUUCAAAAGCAUUAUUGAUUUGAUAAAACCGUUAUAUUUUCUAAUGUAUCCAAGUGAUUUCUAAUUUUAACUUUUUCUGUUGCAGAAAACAUGCGUUGAGAUUCUGCCCAAGAUGUUUCUGGAUGUGCACGUGAGUUGGUAUAGUACAACACCAUCCCAUUGAUGUGAACUAAAGGUUGAUUCUCAAACGUCAGUAUUUAACAAAAGGUUGACAGAGUGAACCUGAAUCUGAUUUGAUGUCGCAUUGGGUUAUGUUGCAUAAACAGUAAUGAGUUGGUAAUGCAAUAUGCACGUUUGAUGUAGAUUAGAAGAUGCACGCAUUCUAUAAUGUGAUUGGAUGCCAAUAUCAAAGCUUAAAAAUAUAACUUGCCACUCGAUUUAAAUUCAUAUAAAAACAUUGUUGUACCCCAGUAACUGAACCUGUUUAUGUGAAACCUUUGAUUCAAAAUAUUAUAAUAUUCAUUGAGCUAUAGGUUUUACAAUGCCAUUAUUAUUUCCCUAUAGAAUUCGUGCAUCAUUACCAAGCUCCGUGACUUUCUUUAUGUCAUGGAGAACCUGCCUACGCACUACUGCAGAGAGCGACCCAGGAUCAUGUUGUUGAAGCGCAAAGUCACCAACCUGUACACAAUCAUCAACAGAAUCUGUUAUCGG